AUGGCCAUCACGAAGAUAUCGGCAGAAUCACGAUGGAAGAUUAUUUCAAGCUCCUUUAUUUUAGGACCGAAUGCUGUUGUUAGAGAAUUGAUUGAUAAUAGCAUAGACGGUGGGGCAAAAAAUAUCUAUAUUGAUAUCGAUUCGAAGACGGUAGGCUGUGAAUACAUAUGUGUCCGUGACGAUGGAUCCGGAAUAGAUUAUGAGGAUAGACCCCAGAUGUGUUUGAACCAUUCUACAUCGAAAAUUAAAACUAUGAGUGAUUUGUCUACUUUAACCGCCCUGGGGUUUCGAGGAGAAGCUUUGUUUUUGAUUGCAAGUUUAUCCACGGAGAAAGGUUCAAUGGAGGUAGCAACAAAGACCCAAAAUGAUAAGAUUGGUGAAAGAUGGUAUGUUAAUAAGGAUGGUUCCAUUCAAAAUAACAAGAGAAUGAAAUCAUCGUGCAACGUGGGGACGAUAGUAACCGUGAGGAAAUUAUUAGGCGGACUACGGGCAAGAUAUUUAGAAACUUCUUCAAAGGCAAGGAAAAAUAUUGAAGAAUUGAAAUAUCUUUUAAAUCAUUAUUCGUUAAAUCGCAGGUCCAUUAGAUUUUAUUUUUCAUUGGUUUCAUUGGACAAAAAUGGUACCGUGACCAAUAAACAAGUUCAGCAAUCCUUAGAUACAAAACUUACCAAGAUAAGAGCUUUAUCCUCUUUGCUUCGAUUGAGGAAACCAAUAGAUAUGAAUUUUAAGAUGAAUGAAAAUUUAAAAAUUAAUGAUAAUGUUAGUUUGGAAGUAAUAUUACCAACAAUGCAUAUCGAGUCAGAUAUUGUUAACGUGAAAAAACCUUUAAGAUUCCUGUCGUUGAAUAAUAGAGCCAUGUCGCUACAAUUGGGGCUUGGUCAUUCGAUUAACAAACUAAUAAAUUCCGUAUAUCGAAGCUUUAAAAUGUUAGAUCCAAUUGCAUGGUAUAUCAAUAUAAAUUGUGAUGGAAAAUUGGCUGACAUUAAUAUUGAGCCAGAAAAGAAUGAUGUUUUAAUAAAAGAUCUUGAUUUACUAUUGGAAGAAAUAAAAUCCACAUUAACCGAUUACGUUGUAGCAGCAUGUGGUAUAUCUGAUGAUAGAUCUUUCAACAAAACGAAAUCUGGAUCUCAAUUUAAUUAUAAUGAGAAUCAUGAACUUUUACAUUCCCGAUUAGAAGAAGCUUAUACAGAUCAAUCUAAAGAUACCAGUGUUACACUGGUUCAAGCAUCAAAAAAUACUUCAGCUGCUAUGGAAAAGCCAGAAGGAGACGACAUCUUUGAGAUAAAUAAACAUCCUAAUGGAUCUCAUAGUAAAGCACGGGUACUUACCGAUGGGUCCAUGGUGUCAGAUGAGGGUGAAUGGACUCGUACCCUCCUCGAUGAACCUGUCAUAAACUUAAUCCCUGAAGAUGGCCUGGAUCUAGAUAGAUCAUCUAUCCCUCCAUCAUCCUUGACGUAUAACUAUCAGGAACAAUUCUUUAUGAAUGAAGAUUUGGAGUUAUCGAAGGAUAUUACCAUUUCUAAUCCAUUCAUGAUAACCAAAAUGAAGAGUAACUCUAAAAAACGAAACAUAUCGGGAGAGAACUUUAACUCCAUAAAAUUAACUACAGGCUUGAAAAACAAGAAAGAUUUAGAGACGAAAGAAUCAAAAAAUAAAUCUACUUUGUCGCAACGACCACUAAAUUUCAAUGUGGGUAACAGUUCUUUUUCGAAGGUACACCAAAAGUCUGAAAUACCACAAAAUAAAAACGAAAAUAUCAUCAUGGAACCGAUGCAAAUUUUUAUAGAGGAUGAAAGCGAAAGGGCAAACAUUAGUAGAGAUGAACCUCAAGAAAAGAAAGCUAAGGUAAAGAUUUCUCUAAAUUCACAGGCUUCUAACCAUAAUAGAAAAUCUGGGCGUCAUCUGUCAAUGUUCUCUGAAUAUACGAACAGUUUUACGACCUCAAUUACUUUCCAUGGACUAAGGACAGCUUUUGACGAUGUAGCCGUAGAGACGGCUUGGAAACAACGAACUGGUGAGCCAUCGUCUAUUCUUAAGGAAAAACUAAAGUCGAUUAGUGAAAGCAUUGGGAAACCGUAUUCUUUAUCAAAAUCUUCAAAGGGGUGGUUCAUCUAUGGUUCCAAUGAUACAUUAACAUAA